GUCGCCGCGGCCGCCGGAUUCCGGAGGCGGAGGGAGCCCGGCGGAGGAGCAUGGACGUGCACGUUCCCCCGCUGCGCGCCUGGGACGAUUUCUUCCCCGGCUCUGACCGCUUCGCCCGGCCGGACUUCAGGGACAUUUCCAAAUGGAACAACCGCGUAGUGAGCAAUCUGCUCUACUACCAGACCAACUACCUGGUGGUGGCUGCCAUGAUGAUCUCGGUCGUGGGGUUUCUGAGCCCCUUCAACAUGAUCCUUGGUGGAAUUGUGGUGGUGCUGGUGUUCACGGCGUUUGUGUGGGCUGCCCACAAUAAAGACGUUCUCCGCAGGAUGAAGAAGCAGUACCCUACAACGUUUGUGAUGGUGGUCAUGCUGGCUAGCUACUUUCUCAUCUCCAUGUUCGGGGGAGUCAUGGUCUUUGUGUUUGGCAUCACUUUUCCUUUGCUGUUGAUGUUUAUCCAUGCAUCCUUGAGACUUCGAAACCUAAAGAACAAGCUAGAGAAUAAAAUGGAGGGGAUCGGAAUCAAGAGAACACCCAUGGGCAUUGUCCUGGAUGCCUUAGAGCAGCAGGAAGAGACCAUCACCAAAUUCACGGACUAUAUCAGCAAAGUAAAAGAAUAAACAUGACUUACCUGGUGAUGGAGCUGCAGCAGAUAAUGAGCUUCAGCUUGCCCUUGCCUAGACCAAUUUCUGUGUGUGUGUUUGAAAUUGGAGGUGCACAUUUUAUUACCCACCUAAGGCAGCAUGCAUGUACAGGCCUACCUAGUAACAUCUCUGAGGGGACUGAAGAAAGGACUCAGAAACAAAAAUAAAACCUGCCUUUUUAUUGUGUCUGAAGUUUCAAGUGUGCUUCUGAAAGAGACAGUACUGUUAUCUUGUAGGGAAAAAAGUCAUUGUAAAGUAUGGAGGCAAUAUGAAUACCAAAGUAGAUGUUAUGUGACAGCCUAUUUCUAAUACCCUCCAACAACUGCUCCAAAAUUCUCUAACACUGUAAUGUGUGUGGUAUGUCAAUUUAGUUGUAUUAUUAUUUUAAAUAUCAAAGAUUAUCUCUAUCACUUUGCCUCCUAUUGACAUGCAGUUUAAAACUAAACCAGUUGUUUGUACUUUGUUUAUGACUAUUAAGACAACUGUUUAGGAGGCUAUUUGUUAAGGUUUUAUAAUUUUUUUUUUAAUGCUAGUAAUGUGCUUUUACCAGCAGGUUUUUUUUCCUGUGGCAAACUAAAUGUCAUCUUCCUUAAGGAGGUUAUGGUUGUAUGAUCUCUAUUAUUCUUGACUUGUUAAAGCAAUACAAAAUAAAACCAACUUUGAGUUCUG